CAUCACCUAGGCAACUGGACGCUGCCGCCACUGCCCUGCCACUGCAAGCCACCACGGGGCCUCCAGCACCUCUACCCAAGUCUAUGGACCCACCCAGGGCCCAGGCUCAGCCAAGAAUGAGCGGCAGCGUUGGGGAGAUGGCCCAGACCUCUUCUUCCUCCUCCUCCACCUUCGAGCACCUGUGGAGUUCUCUAGAGCCAGACAGCACCUACUUUGACCUCCCCCAGCCCAGCCAAGGGACUAGCGAGGCAUCAGGCAGCGAGGAGUCCAACAUGGAUGUCUUCCACCUGCAAGGCAUGGCCCAGUUCAAUUUGCUCAGCAGUGCCAUGGACCAGAUGGGCAGCCGUGCGGCCCCGGCGAGCCCCUACACCCCGGAGCACGCCGCCAGCGCGCCCACCCACUCGCCCUACGCGCAGCCCAGCUCCACCUUCGACACCAUGUCUCCGGCGCCUGUCAUCCCUUCCAAUACCGACUACCCCGGCCCCCACCACUUCGAGGUCACCUUCCAGCAGUCGAGCACUGCCAAGUCGGCCACCUGGACAUACUCCCCACUCUUGAAGAAGUUGUACUGUCAGAUUGCUAAGACAUGCCCCAUCCAGAUCAAAGUGUCCACACCACCACCCCCGGGCACGGCCAUCCGGGCCAUGCCUGUCUACAAGAAGGCAGAGCAUGUGACCGACAUUGUUAAGCGCUGCCCCAACCACGAGCUUGGAAGGGACUUCAAUGAAGGACAGUCUGCCCCGGCUAGCCACCUCAUCCGUGUAGAAGGCAACAACCUCGCCCAGUACGUGGAUGACCCUGUCACCGGAAGGCAGAGUGUGGUUGUGCCGUAUGAACCCCCACAGGUGGGAACAGAAUUUACCACCAUCCUGUACAACUUCAUGUGUAACAGCAGCUGUGUGGGGGGCAUGAAUCGGAGGCCCAUCCUUGUCAUCAUCACCCUGGAGACCCGGGAUGGACAGGUCCUGGGCCGCCGGUCUUUCGAGGGUCGCAUCUGUGCCUGUCCUGGCCGUGACCGCAAAGCUGAUGAAGACCAUUACCGGGAGCAACAGGCUCUGAAUGAAAGUACCACCAAAAAUGGAGCUGCCAGCAAACGUGCAUUCAAGCAGAGCCCCCCUGCCAUCCCUGCCCUGGGUACCAACGUGAAGAAGAGACGCCACGGGGACGAGGACAUGUUCUACAUGCACGUGCGAGGCCGGGAGAACUUUGAGAUCUUGAUGAAAGUCAAGGAGAGCCUAGAACUGAUGGAGCUUGUGCCCCAGCCUUUGGUUGACUCCUAUCGACAGCAGCAGCAGCAGCAGCUCCUACAGAGGCCGAGUCACCUGCAGCCUCCAUCCUAUGGGCCCGUGCUCUCCCCAAUGAACAAGGUACACGGUGGUGUCAACAAACUGCCCUCCGUCAACCAGCUGGUGGGCCAGCCUCCCCCGCACAGCUCAGCAGCUGGGCCCAACCUGGGGCCCAUGGGCUCCGGGAUGCUCAACAGCCACGGCCACAGCAUGCCGGCCAAUGGUGAGAUGAAUGGAGGCCACAGCUCCCAGACCAUGGUUUCGGGAUCCCACUGCACCCCGCCACCCCCCUAUCAUGCAGACCCCAGCCUCGUCAGUUUUUUGACAGGGUUGGGGUGUCCAAACUGCAUCGAGUGCUUCACUUCCCAAGGGUUGCAGAGCAUCUACCACCUGCAGAACCUUACCAUCGAGGACCUUGGGGCUCUGAAGGUCCCUGACCAGUACCGUAUGACCAUCUGGAGGGGCCUACAGGACCUGAAGCAGAGCCAUGACUGCGGCCAGCAACUGCUACGCUCCAGCAGCAACGCGGCCACCAUCUCCAUCGGCGGCUCUGGCGAGCUGCAGCGGCAGCGGGUCAUGGAAGCCGUGCAUUUCCGUGUGCGCCACACCAUCACGAUCCCCAACCGUGGAGGCGCAGGUGCGGUGACAGGUCCCGACGAGUGGGCGGACUUUGGCUUUGACCUGCCUGACUGCAAGUCCCGUAAGCAGCCCAUCAAAGAGGAGUUCACAGAGACAGAGAGCCACUGAGGAACGUACCUUCUUCUCCUGUCCUUCCUCUGUGAGAAACUGCUCUUGGAAGUGGGACCUGUUGGCUGUGCCCACAGAAACCAGCAAGGACCUUCUGCCGGAUGCCAUUCCUGAAGGGAAGUCGCUCAUGAACUAACUCCCUCUUGGAAACUUCUGGAACUGCCCUUAGCUACAUAUACACAAGGGCAGGUGGUGAGCCAAGUGCUGAGACAGGGAGCUGUCCCUUUGUGGGUGGGUAUGCAGCACCCAUUUGCUUCUCCCGUUCUCUAUUGAGGACUCUGCCACCUCCAGGACAGAGCAGCAUCCUUCACUUGCUCACCCUCUGCCACAAAGUAUUCCAACAUCUUCUGUUCCUGCUAACCAUGCACAGCCCAGCCUCUGUGUCAUCAGCGCUUACGUACAGGUCGAUUCCACUGUGUCUUGAAAGUGAAUUCAGGGCCAGAGACAUCUUCUGCAGGAUGUGUGGACAGAUCUGUCCCUAAUGUAGGUCAUUCUGCCGUUACCCCUUGUCUCCCGAGUCUUGAUUGCUGGGGUCAGGGAAGACUGUGGCAGAGCAGGGGAAGCCGCUGGCCCUCCGCCUCUAGCCAGCACCCUGAACAUGCUGGCUGUAGCAGCCUCUAGGGACCUCUCUGGUCAGACAAAGGGACAGAAUGAGUCUCAGACUACCGAAAAUUGAAUUGUCAAUAUUUGAUAAAAGGUUACUCUUUCUACUUGGUGGGGUCAGCUUGCUUUUUCCCCCCUCUCUGACUCUCUCAGCAUUCCUUUCUGAGAUCAGCCUAGUGUGUCCACACGUACUUCUCAACAAGUCUAAAACGCCGAGCAUCAAUCCAGGAAGGGUCCUUACCUGUUACCAGGAUGGUUGGAAGGGAAAGAGACUCAGAGAGAGCAUAGCCGUGGGAGUGCAGGUCAGACAGACCCCAGCUGUGAGGAACAUCUGUUCUCACUAAGUGCUCAGAGUCUGGGCUCUGUGCCUGAGUGCUAGCCCAUCCUCGUGGCCUGGAACUGGAGUGGCUGCUGGGGGCCCUGGUCUUCAUGAUUCAUCCCCAAAGAGUCAGUGGCUAGAGAAACAGCUCCUGCAUGCAUUCAGCCAAUGGGGCCCUGUACCUGCCAGAAGCUUUGUGAACUUCUGCAAUGAGAGCCCCCAGCAGUCCCUGCCAGGAGUGGAGAAGCACAGAGGAGCCCCUGCCAACAGUAAAGCCCAACAUCUGCCGAGUCACUUUGGAGCCAUCCUCUUUAGGCUUGGCUUUCAUUAGCAAGGCCCAACAGAGGCAGUGACGUCCGUGGGAUAGCCUCAGAGUCAGCACUACCAGGGCUGGCGUCAUAUCAGGGCUGCCUCCUCGAAGCCCAGGGACAAUGUUGCCAAUCUUAGCAAUCUUAGCAAGCUCUGCAAACUUAGGUGGUUACCACCCAUGCUAUGCUUCAUGAAUCUCUGAGGGGCAGGAUUUGGGUGCACUUAGGGUAGGUGCAGGCAUCACAUUGUCAGAGACCAGUGCUGACCAUACAGGCCUUUCCAACUUGACAGAUGUUGACAGCUUAGGCUCUGGGGGGGUGGGGGGUUCCUGCACCCAGAUGGGCCGUUAACAGCUGCAGCAUCAGGCUUGCUUCUUGGGUGUAGGUUGUGGCCCUCCCAGUGAGUGGUAACACACUUCACAAAGCCUGAGGUUGACUACACACUUCUUGUUGCUGCUCAGAUGAGGAAGCUGAGGCUAGACAGACUGAGUGCCCUGCCUCGGGCAUCAGCUCAUUGCAGAAGUGGGUGUUCACUCCUGAGGUACAUGCUGCCCCAUGCUACCUCAGAAACUAGGCAGCACAUUCUCACUCCUAGGCCUGUGAACCCCACUGAGAUGCGCUUGCGUUCUGGGAUCUCACAUAAGUAUGUCUCAGGCAUUGUCCAGGAGGGACCAUCCUAAGCGCCCCACCACAUGCUCCUGGGAAGGAGGAGUGGUUAGGAGGAGUGGUUGUCACCAGGCAUCUGAGGAGGGAAGAGCCCCCCUCCAGCAAGGACCCAGGGCUUGUGUCUCCCUAGACCCUGCCUCAAGUGCCAAAGCUGUCUCGUGAGCUUCCAGGAUCCUGACAGGCCUGGAGGGAACUGCAAAGGGCCAUCUGCCAGGAAAUAAACGUCACAGAGGCAAUGCUUGCAGUGCCUGAGAAGCUCUCCAGGAACCAGCCUUUGGGUCUGAACCAAACUUUGUUCUACAAAACACAGAAAGCAAGAGAAAGCAAAUCUUCCAGCCACCAACUUUCCCAGGAGCACUGGAGUACUAGUUUGGAAACAAGUUUGGGGGUGCCCUGGAAGACAUCUGUUGAGCAAGGGCAGGUUGAGCAGGGCUGUAAAAGCAGGCCACUCCAGCCUCAGUCUGUAUGGUCCCAUCCAGCUUUGUGCAUCCAAUUAACAGCAGCUCCCAUGUCCCUUCCUGGCCUUGCUUACCGUGCCUGACAGCUCUACCUUGGGCUGCUUUGAGCUUGUGAGUUCGCAGAACCAGCACCCCUACGCAAGAAUCCUGCAAGGGUCAAAAGUUGCCACUUAGUUGCAUUUCAGAUGGGAGACAAAAACCAAAACUAAAUUGUCCAUGUUUCAAUGUGAUGAAAUGCUUCUCCAAGCAGUAUUGAUGGAUACAGUCUAGUGACUCUAUUAACUGUUUUGGGUGAUGUCAUUUUAGAAAAAUGUGUUAUUUUUUUUAGCUGUGUUUCGGUGGGAAUUUUUGUUUUUGUAAUAUAAUAAAAAUCACAUGUUCCCA